CAGCGACAUUCCCCGUCCUCUACUGAGACAACAGUCGAUCACUACGCGAAGUCGCCAUGAAGUCGAAGGUCGCCCAAAUCCUUCUCGCCCUCACAUGGCUUCGACCGUCGCAGGGUCCAAAGUCGCCCUGCCCUUCGCGCGACGCGUGUCACAGGCGGGGAGCACGAAUCUCGUUGAUUUCGACCAAGCGCGAGCGCAGUUCAUGCGCGACAACGCACAGGGAAAGUACGCCGGCGUCAGCUCAGCCACGGAAGCUGCAUCCAUGGUCAACGCGCCUGCGACGGCGAGAGUUGUUAGCUAUACUACUGAAGUUCAGAUCGGGAACCCGCCGUCGAAUUACAGUCUGCUCAUUGACACCGGUAGCUCCAAUACAUGGGCCGGUGCCAAUCUCACGAACCCCUUCGUAUUCUCAGGGACGACUGAGCUCACGUCGAACGCAGUCUGCGUCUCGUAUGGCUCUGGUUUCUUCGGAGGAGACGAAGUCAUGGACCAGAUCACGCUGGCGCCUGGACUGACGAUCGCCGAGCAAGGUAUAGGUGCAUCUAUCUGGAGUGAAGGAUUUGGCGGCGUCGAUGGGAUUCUUGGCAUCGGCCCUCAAGACCUCACUUGUAGUUGCAUUCCGACCGUGGUGGAUAACGCAUACAAGCAAGGUCUUCUAGAGGCCUACGAAAUUGGCAUCUCGUUCACACCGUCGACAACACCGUCAGAGAUGAACGGGGAGCUCACCUUCGGUGGCGUGGACGAGCGCAAGUACAAAGGAACCUUAACCUACGUCGACAUCACAUCCACCAGUCCUGCUAGCCAUUACGUCGGGAUCGAGCAGAGCGUGAUGUACGGCGACACGGAGAUCCUGGGUCCCACAUCUGGAAUUGUGGAUACUGGGACUACGCUUCUCCUCCUGGCCACCGACGCGUUCAACGCCUACCAAAACAUGACGGGAGCCACCAUGGAUGACAGCAGCGGACUUCUACAGAUUGACGAAGAACAGUACGGUGCGCUUCAGAGUCUGUACUUUAACAUUGGCGGGACGGUCUAUGAGCUCACUCGAGACGCUCAGCUAUGGCCUCGCUCAUUGAACAAGUACAUUGGCGGCACGGAGGACGGGUACUAUCUAGUCGUGUCGGACAACGGGGCAGUAUCCGGGAGCGGCCUCGAUUUCAUCAACGGAAUGACCUGGCUCGAACGGUUCUACACCGUGUACGACGUUGGUAACAGCCGAGUAGGAUUCGCAACAACGAACCACACGCAUUCGGGGAAUAAUUCCCGCACGAUUUGA